AUGGUGGCUCCGAGGAAUACCGCUUAUGCGGAGGAGAGCGCAGAGGUCGAAGUGCUCUACGCGAACCUCGAGAAGCUCAACCGCUUGACCAAGAAGAUCCAGGGAUCCAUGGUCCGUCUUGAGACCAGCGGCAAGGUUGUGAAAGAAGCAAUUGGCCCUAUCUAUAGUAAUACACAAUCUCUUCAAAUCACCAACACCAAUAUCGAUAAAGUCAACGAUGCCAUCGACCGUCUUCGUCAGCCUCUUGACGCGAAGAGCCGAGAGGAGGACAUAAUUCGCGCGGGUCCGCAAAACUCUGGUGGUCUUUCACAGUACCUAUCGGCGAUGAAACGUGUUGAAAAAGCGCUGGUCGACCUCAACACAACGAACCUUCGAUCGAACCAGAAAGCGAUCGCAGAAUUCAACUCACUUCUCAACAAUGGUAGUAGCCAACUACAGGAUAUGCUGAGGUCGGAGUUGAAGCAACAUAUCACUCCGAUUGAGCCAUUGCACUAUCUUACCAAAGAACUACCUUUCCCAUCCAUUCCGGAAGAAACAAUUUCCCAGUUAGGCCCAAUAUGCUCGGCAAUUAGUUCGUCAUUUGCCUUGGGACCGCAGCGCGGCAAAGGCGAAUCCCCCGCAAUGAAAAUCUAUGCCGAGGUGCGCGGCCCAUAUAUCACCGCGAGCUUGCAAAACUUAGCCAUCGCAUCCCUCAAUACAGUCAAGCGGAGAGCCAAUGAUGGGCCAUACAAACAAGGUACCAACGGAAUUGGUAUCUACUCUAAUGCCUUGGAAGCAUUCGUCAAUACUGAACACGAGAUGAUCUCCCAGAUAUUUCCCGUGGAUCAGCAAGGUCUUACUUUACAAGCUACUUUCCUGUCGGCAAUGGCAGAGUACUCCAAAACUUUGCGAGAACUGAACCAAUAUAUACGUCAAAAUCUCAUGACAGAUUGCUUCCUUGCAUUUGAAAUCAUCGAAAUUGUGACAGCGAUGUCUUACCGAAUCGAUUCCAAAGCCGCAGAAUUAAAGAGUCUACUGAUCGAGGCAUUACGGCCUGUGCGUGAGACUGCCAAAUCUUCUCUAUCGGAGCUACUAGAAGAAACAAAACGCAAGGCCGCCAACGUCCCAUUGCCUCCAGACGGAGGAGCUGUUUCGUUGGUGGAAGAAGUCAUGAACUCCCUUGCUACACUAACUGGAUACUCGGGUCCUUUGGCAUCUAUUUUGACUUCUCUUGGCGAUGGAAAUUGGCGUUCCAAAUCAAACACCUCUGGCACAGCACCCUUGGAUGUCGGUCCUGACAGUGGAACGCUCUUCUCUCACUUUAUUUUGGACAUGAUAGAAGCGCUGAUGACUGCAAUGGAGACUCGUGGUCGGGCCUUCCACCGCUCGAAGGCUGCACAGGGCGUCUUCUUGUCGAAUGUAUUCUGCAUUGUUGACCGAUCAAUUCGACAAAGCCCAGAACUGGCACGCUACUUGGGUGCGCCUGAUAGUAUCGCUCGAAUCGAUACUUUCCGCAAGCGCGCGACAUCAACAUACCUUGAUGCAUGGAAGGAGACCUCACAGUUCCUGCUGGAUGUCCAAUAUACAUCUCGAUCCGGGGCACGUCCCAAUUCCUCGGGUGCCGUGGAUUCCAGCGCCAUCGUGAAGAGUUUAUCAUCGAAAGAUAAAGAUGCCAUCAAGGAUAAAUUCAAGUCCUUUAAUGCUCACUUUGAUGACAUGCUUUCCCGGCACAAGUCCCUUCAUAUGGAACGGGAAGUGCGUUCGGUCUUAGGACGUGAGCUGCAGGCUGUGCUUGAGCCACUAUAUGCGCGUUUCUACGACAGAUAUGUGGAAAUUGACAAGGGACGUGGCAAGUACAUUAAGUACGACAAGUCCAACUUAUCUGUGCAAUUGGCACAGCUUUUUUCAUAG